UGAGCUAUAACAGGUGGUGCGUUCCACGUUUUAUUUCCCAAUUGCUCUUGAUGAAGAAUAGAGUAAACAAACUGUUACCACUGGAAAUCGUUAGUUUCGAUUGCUGGAAGUUGCACCCCUAAUUCACGCAAGGUAUCAUGGGGGCUAGGAAUAAGGUGGAUAAGAACUGUUGCAACCGUCCCCAGUCUCCCCUAUCAUGGUUUUGUCAAUGGACUAAACUGAAUUUGGGGGAUUUGUGGGAGUUUGCUAUGGUGUGGUCUGCUUGUGGCUCAAAAGCUUCUGGUUUCCCUACAGUUACGUACUUUUUAGUUUAGUAAGUGUAUUUAAAUAAACAUAUUGAUGUAUUACUUUACUUUAACAAGUGAGCAUUGUAGCUAUCAGGAUGCUGGUCUGGCUCCUGGAGUGCGGUGAAUCGCUCCCUGAUCUCACUGAUGGAUAAAUCCCAGGCAUGGUAGUCGAGCGCAGAUAAGAACAGAGGUUAGAUGGAACAUGGCUCUCUCCAGAGGUUUGAGAUGCUGUCAAAGGGUUUUCUCCUGGAUACCUGUCCUUAUAAUAACCUCCGUGGUGUUGUGGUCGUACUACGCCUACGUCUUUGAGCUAUGUCUUUUUACACUCACCAACACACUGGAAAAAGUGGCCUAUCUGGUUGUAUUUCAUAUUUGCUUUGUGAUGUUCUCCUGGACCUACUGGAAGUCCAUAUUUACCCCUCCUGCAUCACCAUGCAAAAAGUUUCAGCUGUCAUACUCAGACAAGCAGAGAUACGAGAUGGAGGAGAGGCCAGAUGUUCAGAAACAAAUCCUGGUUGAGAUUGCGAAGAAACUGCCCAUCUUCUCUCGAGCUCAGUCUGGAGCUAUCAGGUUCUGCGACCGCUGCCAGGUACUGAAGCCUGACCGCUGUCACCACUGCUCGGUCUGUGAAACAUGUGUCUUGAAGAUGGACCAUCACUGUCCCUGGGUGAACAACUGUGUGGGCUUUUCCAACUACAAGUUUUUCCUACUUUUUCUCUCCUACUCCAUGCUGUACUGUAUAUUCAUUGCAGCAACAGUCUUUCAGUAUUUCCUCAAAUUCUGGGUGGGGGACUUGCCAAAUGGGCCCGCAAAGUUCCAUGUCCUCUUCCUCAUGUUUGUGGCGCUCAUGUUCUUCGUCAGUCUCAUGUUCCUCUUUGGCUACCACUGUUGGUUGGUGGCCAAGAACCGAUCCACUUUAGAGGCCUUCUCAGCUCCAGUAUUUGUCACUGGACCAGACAGAAAUGGCUUCAAUGUUGGCAUACGCAAAAACCUGCAGCAGGUGUUUGGAGAGAAUCGGAGGCUGUGGUUCAUCCCUGUCUUCUCAAGCCAAGGGAAUGGCCACUACUUCCCCUUGAAGAAUCGGAGUUCUGAGUCCCACAACCCCUUAUUAGCUAAUGAGGACAUGUGGGAGGAGUCGGAUGAUGGCUCUGAGGAGGGAAGCCUGGUUGAGGACAGAGACCCAUCUGUUACCAUAGAGAUGGAGGAGGAGUAAUUUAAUGUAAGGACAAUUGAUGCUGGUACAGAGGAUGUACAUUAACAUCGCACACACUGUGUACCACCAGGCAAAUGCAUUCCAAACCACCUGGAUGUUCAGACACUGACAAAAAUUCUGAAGGGGGCCAAACGUGUGGAUUAAAACCUGCAUUUGGACUGUCAUUGCCACUUUUACGCGUGUGUAUUACAUAAUGAUGAAUAGAGCAACUCAAUGGACAACCAGUAGCAUCACCUCUCCUCUGAAGGACAACACAGUAUCAGUUUGAUUCUGGAAAAAAAAACUUGUCAAAUAUUAUCUUGCAUACAAAAAGACAAGUGCUAUUUACCAUGGGUCGUAUUUGUAUCCCUCUGGUUGUUCAUCUCAAGACACUGGCCUCUGUGGGAUUAUAAUUUACCGCUAAUUGGGAAGCUUCUGUCUGGCACUGUACUACUUUAUGCGCCUCUUUUUCAUUGUCAGGCCGUGAGUUUACAGUGUUGCACCUUAGAGCUUGGUCUGUGCAGAGCGGUAUCUAAAUUGACACCCAUAAUGCUCCAGAGGUCUCCUGUAGUGAUUCAGUUGUCUGGCCUCUACCAGUUUGGGACAUGCAGCAUAUUAACAGAAGAUUUUACUUUUACUUUUUUCAAUGCACAUAAACAUAUUCUAAUACCUGACCUAACCUCCGCCUUAUUAAUAUGAUUAUUCUUGUGUUUGGAGAGUCUGUUUCUCCUGAGAAUGUAUCCGGCAAACCUGCUUGUGAAUACACUGUGCCAACAUUUUGGGCACCUAUUUACAAAAGAACCUCUCAUAUAUGCUUUUAAUGAAUACUUCACCCCCAAAUGACCAUUUGUAUAACAAGUAUUGGAACGUGUUAUGUUGGAUUCGUAAGCAAAUGUUGAAUUCAUUAAAAAAAAGUCACGCAAUGACACAAAGUGAUCAGCUCCUGUUCUCAGCAAGGUAUAAUUUCUAUUUUUGUCAAUGGAGUCUUGAAUAGAGCAUAGAUAAGUUUAACUUUAAGUUCAUUUCCCUGUUAGAAAGCUGAGCAUACAACUGGAUAAAUGAGACUUGAAUUAAACUGCACGAGUUGUGUGAGAGUUUGUAAACAUACGCUUUUAUAUACUUUUGCUGUUGUUACACGUGGACCCCUAUGACUUCCCUUCAUCAAGAAUUUUCUCAGUUUUUAAAUUCUUUGUUCACCGUGGAGGCAUGCAGGAAGAAAAAAAAAAAAUCCCUAAUUCAACAUUACACAGAAUGAGUAUUUGAUACACAAAUGGUCAUUUUGUGGGUGGAUUCCUUUAACAGAGUACUUCAACGUUAUAUUGAGAUUGAGUUAAAACGCCAUCAUUACCAGUGACAGUAAUGACAACAAAACUAGCAUACAUUGGCAGCUUUGGUUCGCAGCUGCAGCUCAUUACGUUUGAAAUUAAUGCUUAAAUCUCAACUAGAGUAUUAAUGGCAAACUUAAUAUAAUGUUUAUCAUUUUUCAGUGGCGCCAUAUCCUAAAUAUAUACUGUAUAUCAUUAAUGAUGUUGGUGAUUGAAGAAAAUGCAGUUGUUAGUUUGGUUUUACAGUUUGGGAUGAAAAUACGAGACAUACUGUGAUGAAUAUUUUUUUUAAAUUAUUAUCACAACCUUGUUUUCUACCAUAUCACCCAUCCCUAGCAUGAUAACACUUCUAAGUGGAUGCACAGCGAUAGGAAGGUGAAGUGAAAUGUCAUCAUAGGCACAAAUCAUUCAUAGGAGAAGACAUAGGUUCUUCUUCGUCUGUUUUCUUUUUUUGAUCUUUUUAAACAUGCAGAUAACUGUACAUAUAUAUACAUAUAUAUAUAUAUAUAUGAUCACUUGUCCUCAUCCACUGGUUGGUAGAGGUCAGCGAUCUUCUGCAAUAUGAUGUUCUGAAUUUUUUUCUACCUGCGUUUAUGUAUUUUGAAAUUUUUUAAUACCAAUGAAACAGAUCCUCCUCAUCCUCCUCAUUGAGACUGUUUGGUUUAUGGACUUGUGUAUUUAGCCAGAGUAUUUAGUUGAAAACCAUUUCUGUGCGCUCGUUUAUGUAGUCUGAGUGAAAAGUUAAGCCUUCAUCAAACCUUUACGUUGUUUGAUCUCGACACUUUGACUUGCUCCAUCAGAUCUGUUUUUCUACUACGUUGGGAAAGCCAAAUCAAAUGCUGCUUGUGUCUGAGAAAUACACAACACACACAAGUCAUUAAUUAAUUCAAACUGUCCUUUUUAUCUGAGGUAUGAUUCAGUGUUUGGAAGCAUGUAUAAAACAUUAGGAAAGAUGUGGAUGUUGAGUGUCUCAUGUUGUCUAGUGUCUAUUUAUUGUUAUAAUCUUCAGCUUUUUUUUCUCCCUGUGUAU